GUACUCCACGCCCUCCGUACGGGUAAGUGCAACGGGCGGGACCUUUGGGCAGAUCCCAUGAAGGCUGUCAAUUGCAAUCCAUUUCUCAUCAAUGGCCACCCUGUACUUUGAUUUAUGACAACAUACAACUGUUCGGGUACAUUUCUCGCUCAACAUGUGGCACUGAGCAUGAAGUCUUCCGAACAUCAACACAGGACAUCUGUGGCCGAUAGGCCGCCAGACUGACUAUCACCAUGCCUUCCUCUCAGAAGGACAAUCCGAGUCCCUCCGCGUCCUCCCUCUUUCUUCCACUCGGACGCAGAACAAGAAGAGAUUCCAGGUCGUCUCUCUCACAUGAGCUCGAUCAAGAUGCAUUGAACGAGGCUCUAGACACCAUCCACACCGCGGCAUCCCAGUCGAAUAACCUGACUGUGUUCAACGACUACACAGAACCUCCGAAUGCUGAACUCAACCAGGAGAAUAAGACGUUGGCAGGCGAGAUACAAGGUGGCAUAACAGGGCUCUACAACAAGUUGAUUGCAAGUGUGGGAGGCACCAAGGAAAAUGAUGAUCAUCAUGAAGAACAUACUAUAUCAGCCACAGCAGCCCAAUUUGAUGAGAGGGCCAGUCUAAAUCCAAGUUCUGGACUGACUUCGAAGGCACACUCGCCAAAGUUGACCCCAUUCGACUCGCCUAUGCCAGUUGAUCAACCGUCGCAACUGUCGAAAAUGUCUUCAAAGGCUACAAGCGUCGCUAAGCUAUCAGUACCUUCGACUCCUUCGAUUAGGUCACCAACAGCCCCCCCACAAUCAUCAUCACACUUAGCCGACCCGUCUGUUACAUCAGUGAAUAUCCAUGCUGUGGCAACCACAGGCCAUUCAAGAACAGGUUCUGCAUACGAGCCUGAGUCGCCUGCACAUGAUCGGAGCUUGGCCGCAUCCGGCGACAGCGACAGUCUGCGGAGGGUUUUCUCCAAAACGGGCAACGAAAGUUCCAUGACUGAGCGUGGCAGUCGACUUGUCACGUCUCCUCGGCUGUCAGCGUCUCAAAGACCAAACGCGCCAGGACCGUCCAUCUCCCACGGUCGCGGAUUGUCGUCUACUUCCACGCAAAGUCAGAUCAGUCACGUGGAUGGUUUGGGCAGCUCACAGCAUUUGCUCCUUGGUACACCAGACGAAAGGUCGGUCGUACGAGCCUCGUCCGCCAGGCAUGAUACCGCAACGAGUCAUAAGCAUCAUCCCAGCCCUCUAGACCUGCUGGGCGAAAACGCCAUUCACCAGCCCAAAAUCCUGUCGGGUAUCCAUGGACGGUCUAGUGACACUCCCACUCUCAGGUCGCCUCUCUCCGCAAACUCAGAGCAAAAGUCCGCAGAAAAAUCUGGUCAAAAGAUUAGCCAAUCAAAAUUGCCUGGCUUUCGUGCUUCCCGUACAUCUUCGUCGGAUUCUACAGCGGCAAUGAGCAGCCUACGUGCCAAUCGAGAUGUUUCGGUGGACGGCAGCAGGAAAAAUGCACCUAACAGCGCUGCUCAGGCACGAUCAGUAAACAAGUCACGGAGUAAGCUUCUCAGCAAGGAGUUCUGGAUGCGUGACGAGAAUGCGAAGGACUGUUUCCAGUGUGCCGAACCUUUCACGACAUUUCGUCGAAAGCACCAUUGUCGGCUUUGUGGCCAGAUCUUCGACAACAAAUGUACAGUCCUGAUCGGUGGGGUGCAAUUCGGCUCGAACGGCCCAGUGCGCGUCUGCAAGCCGUGUGAUUCCAUCAUCACGUAUCACGAUGACGAUUCUUCGGAUUACUCUGUGGAAGAUGCCUCUGUCCCAGACUCAGCUACUCGUCCCAAGACGCCGGAUACAAAUCUUCACAAUCGUCAGUGGGCUCGAUUCGAUGACGACAAUGUUUCAGUUACUUCUCAAUCACUUGAGCAGAUGUCAAGAACGCCGAUGAUGAAUUUCCCAGUACGGCGGGCAUUUGAGGGCGCGAAUCGAACAUCUGCCGUGCUAGAGUUUGAUACAAGUGACCGGCCAUUACCGCGCCCCAGUUCGUCCAGGUCCUUGAAGCCCAGUCAUUCUAUUGGUCACGGCCACAAGCGACACCAUUCCAAACAUCAACACAUACGAAAUUUCAAGGCUUAUCAUGAAGACCGAGUUCCAUUUCAACGUCGCAUUGCAGAUGAUGUCCUCAAAGAAGGGAAAUCUUCUGCAUUUCACCGUGACAGCAUCAUCGAUCCGGACCUUGCUCAGUAUCUCUCCGACGAUCCCUCCAGCGAAGAGGAGCAUGAGCAUUCCAUUCAUGAAGCACUCAGCCCGGACAAACUCUCGCGCAGCGUACCUGACAGCGAUAGAAGUGCUAUUGGCGGCCUCCUCGCCGCUGUUCGGAAAGGUCGAUCCCGCAUCGGUGACCGGAGCAUUGCGGGCUUAUUGAGUCUCGGGAGAGAUAAUGACGAUGCCAGUGUGGUCAGCUCUCGCAAUGUUGAUGCAUUGAAGAGUUCCCGCAAGCGCAACCUUAGUGUCUCCAGCAGCAUCCACCAACGUACUCCUCGAAGCACCAAAGAACGAUUGCAGAUUGUGCUUCCGGACGGCCACAACGACACACAGGAUAGUCCGGCCGAGCCUUCAAAUGCCAGAGGCCGGUCGAGGAUGAUCCGAAGUGCAUCCAUGCGUGGAGUGGCAGCCCCUGCAAUGGAACUCAAUCGCGCGAGUAUUCAACAUGUGCAUAAGCUCCUUCAGCAACUCCUGAAAGAUGCAAACAUACCGAAGGCAUCCAGCUGGCAAGAUGCGCUUGUCCCUAUCUUAUUGAGGGCGACGGACGACGUUGAUCCUGAUGUACACGGCGGGGACGACAUCGACAUACGCAACUAUGUAAAACUAAAGAAGAUCCCUGGAGGCAAACCUGGAGACACGUCCUACAUCUCCGGUUUGGUGUUCACUAAGAACGUGGCUCUGAAAAGCAUGGCCCGUUCUCAUGCCAAUCCAAAAAUUCUGGUCAUCACCUUCGCACUCGAAUAUGCCAGGCACGAGCAGCAUUUUCUAAGCUUAGAUCCCGUCAUCAGGCAAGAGCGAGAGUACCUUGGUAAUCUUGUUGGUCGCAUUGCUGCCCUUAAACCCGACGUCCUACUUGCACAACGGAACAUUUCUCGUCUGGCCCUCGAACUUCUUGAGAAAGCCAAUAUCACGACUAUUUUCAACGUGAAGUCUGGAGUACUGGAAGCAGUCUCAAGAUGUACUCAGGCUCGGGUUGUCCACUCAAUAGAUAGACUCACAUCGCAGACGGACUUGUUUGGGCAAUGCGACUCCUUCGAGAUCAAGACUUUUAUGGCGGAGGGACGGAAGAAAACAUACGUCUACCUUUCUGGUUGCCCUCCGCAGCUUGGAUGUACGAUCGCCCUUCGUGGAGCAGAUCGUCAAACUCUCGCCAAGAUCAAACAUGUUACCGAGUUCAUGGUAUAUGUUGUCUACAAUCUGAAACUCGAGACUUGUUUGAUGCGAGAUGAGUGGGCCCUAAUACCAAGCGCACCGACCGGACAGAGCGCCGAGACUGCUACAACGCCGAAUAAUCUCGCGCAAAAGGUUGCCAUGCAAGACAAGGACGGCGGUGAGCCGUCCAGAAGAGCCGAUGAGCAGACGAUCACUAGUGAAGCGCGACCGAAGGCAGAUGGGGACGUCUCGAAUGCUGAUGUUGUCUCCUCCGAAAAAGAAGGUCAUCUUGUCCCGGCAGUGAGAAUGGACAGCACAGAGUCAGUGAUGCAUAUCCCCGAUGAUGUACCCGUGCCUAUGUUUUAUGAAGACCUUGUGAUCAAGCAUGAAACUCGAAUACUCUCUGCCUCCCCAUUCGUCAAGUUCUCGCAACCCUACCUGCUCAUGCGUGCAAGGGAAUUGGAAAGGCGUGUUGCAUAUCUGAAGAGACUUCGAGAUCAAGACCUAUCCACCGAGCAAGCGAUGGAUGACAAGGGUAAAUCUGCCAAAUUCACGCUGAUUCAACCUGAAAUGGUACAUCGGCCACUGGCUGGAGCCAGCAGAAAAGUCCGAGAAAUCAUUCAUGCAGUGCAUGAUGCCGAAUAUGACAAGGCAGCUUACAACUACGAAACACAGAAAAAGCAAUGGGAAACAUAUCUAUCCGGAAAUCGUAACCUAUUCGAUCCGUUUGCUCAUCAAAAUAUUGUUGUCCUGUUCAGUCUGGUGUCGACAGAGACUUCAGUACCAUGUUCUGGUCCAGAUCUACUGGCUUUCGCCUUCUACAACGAACACGAAACAGAGGCCGAGUUCGAGGCAGACUGUACACUCGGACAGUAUGUCGAAGAUCUAUGUUAUCGAGCGAAUGAAGAGUGCCACUCUGAUGCAUGUGAAAAGAAGAUGCAUGAGCACCAUCGUCAGUACGUCCACGGAGAGGCACAAGUCACUGUCUUUGUCCAACCUUAUCCGGCAAAGAUGCGUGGUUUUCAGGACUCGAUCUUGAUGUGGAGUCAGUGCAAGAUCUGUGGAGUUGAGACAACCGUGACUCCCAUGUCAACCAGCAGCUGGAAGUACUCCUUCGGAAAAUACCUCGAACUAUCGUUCUGGAGUGCAGAUCUCCAUGCUCGCGCCGGCAUUUGCCCCCAUGAUCUACACAGGGAUCACCUACGCUACUUUGGCUAUAAGGACUUCGCACUUCGCGUGCAUUAUGACACGAUUGAUCUCCUGGAGAUUAUUGUCCCGAGGAUGAGAAUCACCUGGAAAGUCGACAAUGAUCUGAAGUUCAAAAACGAAGUGUACACCCGUCUAGAGCACCGAAUCACUCGGUUCAUGGUGUCCGUCAAACUACGUCUGAAACACAUCAACAUCGAUGCAGUACUUCCUGAAACCGCUGACGCAUGCCGCGCCGAGAUUGAGAAGCUGACGAAGAAAGCUAAUGAGGAGCAUGCCAGUCUUAUCAAGCAGAUUCAAGACAGAUAUACCAAUUCCAGGUACUGGGAAACAAUCGCUUUCAACGGAAUCAUUCGAGAGACUCAAGAAAAGGUGUCUGAAUGGGACACUGUGUUUGGGGAUUUUGAAAGUAAAUUCUUCCCCUCCGAAAAGGAUAUCAGAAGACUCGCUACGCUACAAUUGAAAAAGAUCUUCUUGGACCGUGAUGUCUCUGUGACCUCCUUGACCACGAACGACGAAGAAACAACAACACCUUCUGCAGAAGAGGUUACUGACGAAAAGGGAAAUACUGAGGAGGCGCACUUCCUGAACAACGAGCUUCGAAGGGGAUCUAAAUUGUCUCCGGAGAAGACGCAAGAUGUCCUCCAAUCCGUUCUUGAAGAACGAUCGAACCCUCCAGCGCCAGAGGAGCAAUCCUCGGCUAUUCCCGAAGUCACAAGGUCCGAAGUGCAAAAUCUUCCUUCUGUGCUUGAUGGCCCAAGAAACAUCGAAGACGUGAAGCAUCUUGAUCUGGCCAUAGCAUCGCCACCUCAGCAAGUGACUCUGCCUGGAGGUGAAACCACUGUCGAAGUCUCGGCGCCUCUGAGGUCGCCAGGAGCCAUAGAUACAAGUCCAGGGCAAUCUCCCAUCGCUUCUUCCGAACAUGAGGCAAAUGAAGGAAGCUCUGGUGCUUCCGGUACAGUCAUCUCGGUCCCUAAGAGCGACGCAAUUGAUUUGCCACUGAGAGUCAUCGACGAGGCAAUUGCGCCCUACACAAUGCGGCGGACUUCAGAUGGCAAAGCGAGUUCCCCUGUCCUGGCACGUGCCCAAUCUCAGCCAGCAGGAUCAAUUGCUCUCCGCCAGAACGCUGGUCAAGCGAGCUCCAGCACCUUGUCUGCGAUCAACGCAAUGAACGGGUUUGGGGCUGCGCACCCUAAGCUCAGCCCGUCCAUAUCACCUAUCAACCCUGAAUCCACCUUACAGGCUCCGGAGAAAAAGCUUACAGAGCGACUUGGACUUGCACAUCUCAAGAGGAGCAGCUUCACCAAAAGUCAGUCGUUGAUCCCAAGGGCCAUCCCACCCCGCAAGGAGUCCCGCGUAUCAAAUCUCGCAAAGCAUUUCGAACAACUAAGUCGCGAGUUCGAACGAGAGCGAAUCAAAGAACGAAAACAACGGGCCGCAAGAAACAGACAAUCCAGAAUAUACCCACUGGCCGUGUCAAAACCUAUUGUGGAGGUCUAUAGAGAUGUUGACGAAGCAGUGGACGAACGAGGCGACUCUGACGACGUCUUCGGUGCGGAUGAACUGCCCGAUGAGGUCGAGAAGACGGCAGACACCGUUGAAGGCAUGGCGGAGGUCAACGUCGCCCAUGAGGAGAUUUCCUCUCGUCGGGCCAGCGAAGCACUUGCAAAUGUGACAGAGAACGAGGCAGAUGCCCAAGUUUCAAGUCACGCCCCUUCGGAAGCCGAAGAUCAGAGCGAGGUUGAUGAAGCAUCAGAGGAGAUCUACUUGCCUGAUUCACCUGAAGACCUCUUACGCAUGUCUCAAGAGGACAUGGACCUCAAAGAGUUGCCCAAGCAUGAACGCACUUCAUUAAUGAAGAUGUUGACCAACUUCUGGGCCGAACGCUCCUCAAGUGGGUGGACUGCUCUGGAAUAUCCUCUUGGCGCAUCUGAGCACAUUUUUGCGGACUGCGACAUCAUUGUCCGUGAAGAUGAACCUAGCUCCAUCAUUGCCUUUGCCCUUGAAUCCCAUGAUUACCAGACAAUGUUGCACGACUUGCAGAGUCGACCUGCGCGUGACAGUGUUACUGCGGAAAUGGCUGCACAUUCGGACGAUCCGCAAGCCGAUGUCAUGCACUCUCUGUUGCGCAAGACUGGCACUCACUUGAAGUAUCAGUUUCAAGAAGGUCCGGCUAAAAUGUUGUGUAAAAUAUUCUUCGCCGAGCAGUUUGAUGCUGUACGCAGAAGAUGUGGCGUGGCUGACAGAAUCGUGGAGUCACUAUCCCGGUGUGCCAAAUGGGAUUCGAAAGGCGGCAAGACCAAGUCCGUCUUUUUGAAGACGUUGGACGACCGAUUUGUUCUGAAAUCGCUGUCACCGAUCGAGACGCAGUCGUUUCUUCAAUUUGCCCCGAACUACUUUCAGAUCAUGUCGGAGGCAUUCUUCCACGAACUACCGUCCGUCAUUGCCAAAAUGCUCGGCUUCUACCAGAUCAUCAUCAAGAAUCCUGUGACUGGCGUGGAGUUCAACUGGUUUCUGCUACUCAUGGAAAACCUGUUUUAUGACAGGGUGCCUACGCGCAUCUUCGAUUUGAAAGGCAGUAUGCGGAAUCGCAAGAUCAAUGCCACUGGCGAGAAGAAUGAAGUGCUUCUUGACGAGAACAUGGUCGAGUUCAUAUACGAGUCGCCGCUCUUCACUCGUGAGCACAGCAAAAAACUCAUCCGAUCAUCUGUACACAAUGACACGUUGUUCCUUGCCCGCCAGAACGUGAUGGACUACAGUCUCAUGGUCGCGAUCGAUGAGGUUCGGAAGGAGCUCGUCGUGGGAAUCAUCGAUUGCAUUCGCACGUAUACAUGGGACAAGAAGCUGGAGAGUUGGAUCAAGGAUCGUGGUUUUGCAAGAGGAGGCAAGAACAGACCUACCGUCACAAGUCCGAAAGAGUAUAAGAGGCGAUUCAGGGAAGCUAUGAAUCGAUAUGUGCUUGAAGCUCCCAAUUGUUGGCAUCAGAUCAAGCCGGCCAAGGUUGAGCGAAGAGUGCUGAAGAUUGAGGGUGAUAAGGACGGAGACAAAGGUGAGAACGAGCUGCAGAUUCUCACAUGAGGAACAAUUUCAUCAUUACGGCUGUGCAUUGCAUAGCUUGGAGUGUUUCACGCAAAGGUAUACAGCAUAGCGAUAGGCGCUUGGUUAUGGUUAUGACAUUAUGUGUGUCGUUUGAUAGCGAUUAGGUGCUUGCAGCACAAUAGCAUGAACAAGAAAUGACAUUACUAUUCCUGACUGGUGGAG